CCUCUCUCCCCCCGCCUCCUCAGUUUGCCCAUAUCACGAUAGUCGCGCCAGCACUGAGGCCGGGGGGUUGUUCGCGUGCGGGAUGCCGGGCGCCGAGGGCUGGCAGCCGAGGGUAACCAACCAAAGAAGUUAUGAAUAUCAUCUAUGGUCUAAAGUUGUCGGGCAAGAACUGUAUUUUUUUUCGUUUGGCUUCUUUGACCAAGCAGGGGAAGUGCAAUAAUCUCUAUAGGUUUUACAAGGGAUAUUGCCGAACUCAAGUCAGUUGUACACAAGAUAGAUGCCAGAGGCUGGAUUUGAGUGGAAAUACUAGAAACUGUUUUUUGACUGGAAGCCCUGACUCCUAUAGAAACUUCAUUGGUAAAGGACUGCGGUGUCUUUUGAACGUCCCAAAUACAGAAGUGUACAAGAAUGCACACCACAGUUCAGGAAGGUUUUGCUUCCAGUCUUUUCGGCCAUUGGGGGAGAAGAUCACAUCCCUCCAGAUCAGUUCUGUAGGACGACUCCCACAUCACUUUUCUGCUUGGAACAUUCAGCUCAUCAGGUCUUUUCACACAUCACCAUCAUUUCAGGCUGCACCAGUUCCUCUUUUCUGGAUUAUUGUUAAGCCAGCUCAGAAAUUAUUUGCUAUCAUUCUUGGCAGGAGCAUAAGAAACUGGUGGAAGGCACUUCCUCCUAAUAAACAGGAACUUUUUAAAGAAAGUGCGAGAAAAAAUAAAUGGAAGAUACUCCUGGGUGUCAGUAGCUUAGGAGUUUUAUUUGUUGUGUUUUAUUUUACUCACUUGGAGGAGACACCCAUCACUGGGCGCACUCGACUGUUGGUGUUUGGAAAAGGGCAUUUUAGGGAACUGUCACAGAUGGAAUAUGAUAUGUGGAUGGAGGAAUUCAAAAGUAAAAUGUUACCUGAGACAGAUGCACACUAUCAGGUUGUGGAGAGAGUUGUUCGUCAUUUAUCUGAAAGCAAUAAGGACAUCCCACAGGUCUCAGCGCUCAAGUGGGUUAUCCAUGUGGUAGACGAACCAGGUGUAAAUGCUUUUGUGCUUCCAAAUGGCCAAGUGUUUGUUUUCACUGGAUUGCUAAAUGCAGUUUCUGAUAUUCAUCAGCUGUCUUUCAUUUUGGGACAUGAAAUAGCUCAUGCUGUGCUGGAACAUGCAGCAGAGAAAGCCAGCCUGGUUCACUUCUUGGAUUUUCUAUCACUCAUCUUUCUCACUAUGAUUUGGGCCAUCUGUCCCCGUGAUAGUUUGGCAGUUGUUGGCCAGUGGAUUCAGAGCAAGUUGCAGGAGUUUAUGUUUGAUAGACCGUACAGCAGAACAUUGGAGGCUGAAGCUGAUAAAGUGGGACUUCAGUUUGCAGCAAAGGCUUGUGUGGAUGUACGAGCAAGCAGCGUAUUUUGGCAACAAAUGGAAUUAGCAGAAACCAUUCAAGGGCAGCCUAAGUUACCAGAGUGGCUCUCCACACACCCUUCUCAUGAAAAUAGAGCUGAGCACUUAGACCGGCUUAUCCCAGAGGCUCUUAAAAUAAGAGAAAGCUGCAAUUGCCCAUCUCUUUCUGGACCAGAUCCUCGCCUCAUUUUCAAACUGAAUAUGCAACAUCUCCUGGAAUCAUCUAAAGAUCAAGAAACCCCAAAUUCUACAAAGCGAGAUCUCUCAAAACCAAAACUGGAUUUUCCUCACACUCAAAAAGUGGAAGAUAUGCCAGUAAUUUUUGCAGUUAAACCUACAGACUAAUGAUAAUUUUCACUUUUUAUGAAACUUGUGGUCCCUGAAGCUCUCUCUUAUAACACAAAUUAGUCUUUGAACCAUAAAGAAGAUGUAGCCACUCAUAUUCUAUGUUUCUUCUAUGUGAUUUCUCACUCAAAGCAGUAAGGAACCAUGCCCACACAAGAAGAGCAGCGUGUUGGAGCAGAAAGUUUCUUAUUCAUUAAGAGUUACUAAAAUAAAUCACUUCUCAGGGGAAAGAUAAUCUCGUACAAUCCAGUCACACAGUGUAAUUUUCAGCUUUAUCAGGCUCACCUUGAUCAGAGGACAGAUGAGCCAGAAGCACCCCUAAAGCAGAGGAAAAAGUACAAUUUUCAUCACUUAAGUUGUCUGGUUUAUCUUGCUGUAAUUUGGGUUAGAUCUAUUCAGCUUCAUUUGAGAAAUAAUGAGAAGAGCUUACUGCCUGCUCCACAUAUAGUAUGUUUAAAAAUAUUAAGCUGAGAUGCGGUAAUAGCCUAUGGGCUAGAUACACCCCCACUUAAUUAGGUGAAUUUACUGCUGGGAUUUUUCUUCUUUCUAAGGUAUUUUAGAAUAUGGAUUGAUUCAACAUUUUUCUUCAAAGCAACCUGAAAGGGUUGCACAAAGUUCAAUUUAAAAGAGGAGUUAAAUAAUUUUCAAGGAAGGCUUUCUUCUGAAAGAAACACUGUAUAAGAACCAUAGUUUGUAGCACUAGAAUGCUUUGCAAGGAUGGCUGUUGUCUUUUUUUAAAUGAUCAGGGUGCCUCAUCGGAGGGCAGUUUUACUGCAAUGACAUUUCAUUUGGAUAUAUCCAUUUGGAUAGAAGUGAUUGCUGAUGUGGAAAUAUAUUACGUAGUAGACAAAUACAACAAGGUUUCUUGACUGCACAGCUUUCACAGCUGUACUUUAUCCUAAAAGGUGACUUCUCUUUAGGAAACUGGCAUCUAAUGCUGAGCAUCCUCCCCACUCCCCCUGAAGCCACACAUUUUAUACUGUGGAGACCAAUAUGCACAAUAUAGGUAAAGCUCUGCCUUUCGUGAUGGGCUAGCCAGUAUAGCUAGCAUGUUAAUCUUUAUUUGCACAUGUUUGAGUUAUCCUUGCUUUGCAGUUGAUGAAAACAUUGAAAUGUCCAUCUUACAGGAAGAUGUAGAAAGAGGUGGCAGUGAAUGAAAAUAAAAAAGGGAAAUCCCGUUCCUUUAUCUGUUAUGGAUAUCUGUACUUUAUCUGUACUUACUAUUAGGUUUUUUGUUGCUCACUUGUAUUAAAAUAAAAAUCUGCUUCAUGUAUGGUAGGGUUUUACAUGAAGGGGACAUUCAAAAUAUUUUAUUGUGUAUUGUAUUUCAAACAUUCUUUUUUAUAUAUGGAGAGGGGCAGACUUCAUCAUAUUUCUUCAAUUAAAUCAGAAUGCAAGCUUUU